UUAUAGAAUUAGUUCCGCCCGUUUUUCAAAAGCCAGCCUUCUUCUCUGUUGCGAACAAGUUUUUUUGAGGCUUUUGCAUUGGCAAAACAUUUAAAAUGGUCGGGAUUCGUAAGCUUUACGCGCUAAAGUUCGAAUUCUACAGGGUGAGAUUUCACAGUAGGGCGAAAGGCCCAUAGAUGCCGGGCCAUAUGCACAGAAACUUAUCAAAGAAUUUCUUAAAAUUAGCGAUGUUCUAUGUUGUGUUGGUUAUAGGUUGAUAGCGUGUAUGCUGUAGAAGAAUACAUGAAUCAGUUUGAGAGUGAAAAAAACAAUUUUUCUAGUCCCGAAGGCUGUAGGAGAACCUCUUCCAUGGUUAGGUUAAAGUCCUUAUUAGUUUAAUAUGAACACUAACGGAAGUUCGAGCAAUGGAGCUGAUCAGAUUACCAUGGUGGUGGGUUCUCCCUCAGGAAUGUCCGGACAGUCUGACGAUGACGACGACCAAUGCCCUUCUUCACCUGGUUCUGCCUAUGAGACCAAUGCUGAUCUCAUGGCUGCUGCCAUGGGGGACGAAGUCACUGCACAACUGGCAGCAGCAGGUCCGGUGGGGGUGGCAGCAGCAGCGGCCAUAGUUUCUUCCAAGAAAAGAAAACGGCCUCAUUCAUUUGAGACUAAUCCGUCAAUCAGAAAAAGACAGCAGAAUCGACUACUUCGAAAACUCAGGCAAACAAUAGACGAAUUUGCUACUAGGGUGGGUCAACAGGCGAUAGUUCUAGUGGCAACUCCAGGAAAACCAAAUACGAGCUAUAAAGUUUUCGGCGCCAAACCGUUAGAAGACGUGAUAAAGAAUUUGAAAGUCUCCAUAAUGGAAGAAUUAGAAAACGCCUUAGCACAUCAGGCACCACCACCAAUUCAAGAAGAUCCGACGCUUUUUGAACUUCCACCUCUCAUCAUCGAUGGAAUACCUACCCCUGUAGAGAAAAUGACACAAGCGCAACUGCGCGCUUUCAUCCCGUUGAUGUUGAAAUACUCAACAGGACGAGGCAAACCUGGUUGGGGCAGAGAAUCAACCAGGCCUCCAUGGUGGCCAAAAGAACUUCCUUGGGCAAACGUCCGUAUGGACGCACGAAGCGAAGACGAGAAGCAAAAAAUUUCGUGGACUCACGCAUUACGACAAAUCGUUAUCAACUGCUAUAAAUUUCAUGGUAGAGAAGAUUUGUUACCAGCCUUCACCGAGGAAGACGAAAAGGCAAAUGCUGCCGCGACAUCAAAUGCGAAUUGUAAUUCCGUGGGUGUACUAAAAAUGCACUCGUCUGGCGUGCCCACCCAUAAGAUUCAGAUUCAAGCUAACGGGUCGCCUCAAAUCAUUGCGGCUUCCCCUGAGGGACUAUCAGGUUCUUCUACUCAGGUUUGCCUCGAUCCUGGAGGCUACAGCUCAGACGUGGACAUUACAACGCAGUAUGCCCCAACAGUACUGCACACCAUUACGAAUCCUGAUGGGACCGUUAGUAUUGUACAAGUAGAUCCUAAUAAUCCCAUUAUUACUUUACCAGAUGGUACUACUGCUCAUGUACAGGGUAUGGCCACGUUGCAAUCGGGUAAUGGGGACGGCAGUGUGCACACUAUACAGACUAUUAGUGAGGGUGGUUCCCAAGGAGAAGUUGUGGAUUUGAAUUCAGUUACUGAGGCCACACUCAAUUCAGAUGGGCAAAUUAUAUUAACUGCUGAAGAUGGGCAUGCAACCCUGAAUACUGAGGGUCAAAUCAUAUUGACUGGUGAGGACGGACAGGUUAGUGGUGUCAUCACAGUUCCGGUAUCUGCUUCCAUGUAUCAAACGAUGGUUGCGAACAUUCAACAUCUACACACAAAUAGUGAUGGCACUGUAUGCGUUACGCCCAUGGUACAAGUUCCCAAGGUAAAGGUGGAACCAAAUAACGGGGACAAUAUCGAGACACUUACAGUAACGCCAAGCGGACUCAACACCCAUACAAUGAUGAUACAGGGUGCUGGCACCGACGGGCCACAAGUAUUACAGGUUCUGUCCCUGAAAGAUGCGACGGUAUUGACCAAGGCAAUGCAAGGUCUGAGCGAUGUAAAAACCGAAGAAACCGUUAUAAGUGACCAAUAGAUUUUAGCAUUACGUAUGUUAACAUUGUCUUUAAAUAAUUCCCUAGUUGUAGGAGUGGCUUUGUGGAUGUUCCUACAAUUAAUAAACCAUUUAUCAGUG